AUGGCUGAGUUGGUUGGAACAUGGAAAUUUGUUGAAAGUUCUAAUAUGGAUGAAUUAUUUAGUGAAUUAGGAGCUCCGAAAGAUGUAUUUCAUGCUUCAUUGGAAUAUAAACCAACAUUGGUUAUUAGUUUGGGCGAUAAUGAAUUGCAUAUGAAAAUGAUUACGAACACUAUUGAAACGGAACAGUCUUAUGAAUUAGGUAAAGAAGUUGAAGAAUUAACACUGGAUGGACGAAUUGUUUUGGCUUAUGUGACUGUUGAAUCGGACAAGAAAUUGGUUCACAUACAAAGACAUGGUUUCUCAAAAACAGUCAUUACACGGGAAGUUUAUGAUGAUAUAUUGAUAACGACAAUAAAAAAUCAGAAUCAGACUGCAACAAUUAAAUAUCAACGCGUUUAA